UAGUGAAGAAGAGUUAUUAUAUUUAAAAUGGCGACCGUGGGGAGUACUACAGACGCGUCGGAUGAAUUGUUUGACUUUAUAUGUUCUCCUUGCAACAAGAAAGACAGGAAUAGCGAGGCGGUGAAGUACUGUGUGGACUGUCAGGAGUAUCUUUGUGUACAUUGUGUCGAAAAUCACAAUAGUUUUUCUGUCCUAGCUGGACAUACUUUAGUUGAAAGGUCAAAGUUUGGAAAUGCAAGUAGAACAGACAGCAAGAAAUUACCGUCGGUGCCGACUGAAAGAUGCAAAGUUCACUCAUUGAAGCUCGUGGACAUGUACUGUGCUGAUCAUGAUUCGAUUGGAUGUCAUAUCUGCUUUACGAUCAAUCAUAAGCCAUGUCAAGAUAUCCACUACAUUCCCGAAUAUGUUAAAACGACUAAACAGACGGAAAAUAUCAGGAAGAUAAAUGAUGAAAUGGACAAAGCAAUUUCUGAAAUGGAUAACUUGAUGAAAAAGAAACAAAAAGAUAUUGAAGAUAACAGGAAAACAAAAGCUACCUUUUUACAAGAAAUCGAAGCUUUAGAUCGAUUGGAACAAGCCUCUGUCACUGAAGUAGAAGGGAAAUGCGGUAAACAGGAUCAAGAAUUUCGAGAAGAAUUGAAGAAUAUACAGGAUACUUUUGAUAAACUUACUACAUGUAAAACCGAAAUGGAAUCAUCACAGAAGAAUCCGUCGCAACAGUUUGUAAAUAUGAAGAUAUCAGAGAGUAUAAUAUCAGAUACGAAAGAGGCCGGAUCACGAUCGACAGAUGAACUUAAAGGUAGUCUAUUGUUUGAAAGAAAUUCAGAGAUACUGCAUUUUCUUCAAAAUUAUGAGUCACUUGCAAAGAAACCAGUUCCAAUAAAGCACGGGCUUUACGAAGUUCAAAGCAAGCAAAGCUACAAUGUAAAGUUGAAUGACGACGUCAGAACCUGUAAUAUAUGGUCUUCUUGUAUACUUGACUCUGGUGAUAUUUUAUUAGCAGACUAUAACAACCAGGCCAUUAAAUUGGCUGACUGUGAAACUUACAAAGUGAGAAGUUCAAUGAAGUGUACCUCUCCUAGGUCUGUUUGCAAGAUAAGUAGUGUAGAAGCUGCGGUGAGUGUUGGAAACAGAACAGUGCAGUUUGUGUCUACCUCGAAUCAGCUCGUGCCUACGCGUUUGCUGAAAGUUGAUUGUGAUUUUAGAGGAAUUGCUGUCAUGGGUAGUCAACUGGUGAUAAGUGAAGAAGGUAAGAAAGUAUAUAUAUAUACAACGAAUGGAGAACUUUUGAAGAUCAUCGAGAACGACCAAUCAGGAAGUAGUAUAUUUAGUUGCAUUCGUGAGAUUUCCGUGAGUGACGACGGUAAAAUGAUACACGUGGUUGAUGCUUAUCGAGGUCUGGUUACUGUAGAUAGAGACGGUAAUGUGAUCUGGAGAUAUUCCGGUCAAGAGCUUGUGGGCGCCUGGGGAGUAUGUACAGACGGAAACGGUAAUGUGUUUGCGAGUGGUUUGUCAUCAGGAAAUGUUGUACAACUAGGACCUGAUGGGACGUUUCUUGGAAAAGUUAUCGGCUUAAAUAGUCCCCAAGCUGUAAGUUUUGCUAGAAAGAUUUGCAAGUUGUUGGUAGUAAAGGGAAACGAACUGCUUGUUUUCUGCGUCCAAUAGACAGUAUUCUGUUUUAUGUAUACAUAAAUAGACAUGAAUAAAUAUAUUUUGAUUUACU